AUGGCCAGCCAUGAAUUGUUAAUGGAAAAGACUCAUAUUGUUGCUCUUGGUCAGAAGCCAAAGAUGUUAGUUGGACAUAGUCAUGGUGCAAAUCUGCCUCAGAACCUUGAACUUGAUGUGAGUUUGGUGGAUGCAGAAGACAAAAUUGUUCGGAUGCCAAGCCAUGAUGAUCCGGAUGAUGAGGCACAACAUGAAAAUGGGAUAGUAUCUGAGCAGAAAGCUGCAAAUGAUGUACUGGAAAUGGAUCUUUCUGCAGAAUCUAAUGAUCCAGAUGUGUCGGAGCACAAAGAAUUUACUGUUUCAGAAAAUGAAGAACUUCAUGAAAAUGUAGAUGCAGCCUUGGUUCAGAGCCGGGAACCUGGGAUUGAACCUGUAGAUGGCACGGAUGAGCAGAAUGGUGAAAUAAUGAUAUCCACCCCUGUGCUGCAAGCACGUACACAUGCCAUAAGUCCAGAUUUUGAGCUGCAUUUUGGACAGGAAUUUGCUGAUGUGCAAAGUUGUCGGAGAGCUCUCAGGGACACAGCUAUUGCUCUUCACUUUGAAAUCCAGACUAUAAAAUCAGACAAGACUCGUUUUACUGCAAAAUGUGCUUCUGAUUGA